AUGUCACGAAUCGAUUUGAAAGGUUUUGGUGGAAGAUGUCUACCAAACGAUUUUGAUGAUUUUAAUUUUAAUGUUUUGCCUGAAGAUGAUGAAUUGGAUGGCGAGCAACUGAAUGACAACAUCGAUGCAAUCAAUGAUGAAACUUUUGGAGUGGAUGUCGAUGACGACGUCUUGGAUGAUGACUUGGAACAAUAUUCGAAACAAACAGCCGGUUUACAGUUGGAUGAUGAAGCACAGAAAUGGUUUAAUGGACCUACCUGCUCGGUAUCUGCACCGCACCCAUCUGAAUUACCAGCACCUCCAUUUGGAUUUAAUGCAUUUUCCACAGCAAAUGCAUCUUCGUCUCACUGCAAAAAUUUCGAGGAUUUCAAAAUGCAACUCGGGACGACCGAUACGUUGUGGAAAAGUGUUGAUUCUACAACGUCAUCAUUGGGUUGGAGUGGUCCAGAAUUUUCAGCACUUCAGCAUUCCUCUGCACAUGACUUUAUAAAUAGAACAAUCCUGGAUCAGACCAAUUCGCUAGGGGAGAAGAAUAAUUUAUCACAGGAAGAAUGUUCUGAUAAAAGUAAUGGUAUUCGCUCACUGGCAGCGGUACCAAAGAAUGCGCUUACUCUUGAAGAAAUUGAAAGGAACCACAUCACCAGUGCUUGUAAGCCAACAGAUCCAACUGGGCUGCGUUUGCCGCCAGCAGGUGCCGUAACAUUAUCCGAGUUAGAAAGUCGAUUUCUGAUGCAAUCAGCAAGCCAUGUAGCAGCUUCUAAUCCCGACAUUGACCGAUCGGGAGGUGUUUUACCACCAGAUUCACGAAUUCCAUCGAGGAUCCCUCAUCCACCACCCCUUCCUCCACUCCCUUGCUUGCCCUUUCCAAUGUCACAUCCUUUCGCCAUGCAAACUAUAAGAGCCUAUUUGCUCGGUCAACUGCCGGAAUUGCCACCUGGUUUUCCACCGAUAACACCACAGAUGCGAGCAGCUAUUCUUUCACUGAGACCACCACCUAUGAUGCGAAUGCCUUCACGUCUAAUGCUUCCGCCGUUUCCUUUCGCGCAACAAUCUUCCCACCUAAUGUCAGGUCGACCAACACUACCUUUUUAUUUGCCUUGUCCUCCGCAAUCUCAGAUGCAAUCCCAUAUUCCUCAGGUACUCCAUCACAACAUGAGUUACAAUCGAGAUCGUUCGAGCAAGCUUACUGGUCUAGUAUCCAAUAAAACAAUUUCUGAUUUUGCAUUACAUCCUUUUGCUGGCUUCGUUUCCAAAAAAGAGCGCAGUUGGCUUAUUAAAAUUCAGGAAUUACAGUGCCAGGGAUGCGGUAAUCCGUACGAAGAUGAUUUUUAUUACACGACAUGGAAACAACAGAAAAUGGCUCUUGAGAAGCGCAAAAAAGGAUUGAAAACGGAGAACGAAGAUAGUGGUUAUGUGUGGGACACCACCAAUCUGCAUCAUUGUCGUUAUGUUCCGCCGACAUUUGCUGGUAGUUUAGGAAAGCCAACACUUUCCACUAUUAAUUAUCCGAGACAGCUUAUCGAUCUAUCAAGCGACUCAUUGGAUGAUGACGAUAAACUUUCAGUGAAGAGUAAUACAUCACAGAAAAAACUGCGGGCACUUCUUUUGCAGCUGGAAAAUAUCGCGUUAUCAAUUAUUGAGUGUAACGAUAGACUUCGAAUAUUGUGUGCUCCUUCACUUCCUAAUGAAAUUCAGGAAAAGCUCAGGAGUGGUGUUGAAAGCCGUAUGAAAACCAUAAUUGAGACUCUGUGUUUAAACGGACGCCUGCAAGCUGUUUUAUUAAUUAAUAAAGGGCGUCAAAUGUUUGCAAGGACACUAUCACUUGCUAACGAAGAACAGCAAUUAUAUCUUCUUGAAAGUUUUUUUGUCGCUUUAUCAAGUGUUGUCAAAAAAGUUCCAUCAAAUGAGAUGAAUGACUCAUUACUUGUGCCAAUAUUCGAAACGUUUUCUCAUUUUUCGAAAAAUACGCUCAUUGGUUUUAUUAAUAACUUGAAAUUGGAUUUCACUAAUGAUAUAACUAUGAACCUGUUCACGACAAAUCUGCUCAUAUCAUUAUUGAUUUGCUGUUCACGUCAGGAUUGUCCUUUGGAUACAUAUUUUUGCGCAAAUACUCUGUCUUCACUAAUUCGACCAUGUUCACAAGAAGUUAAAUGUUCUUUGGAACAAUAUGUUGCUUUAACGUUAGCUGAUGUUAAAAUACUUGAUACCUGGUCAGCUAAUAAUAUUACUGAUUAUCAUCAAUCAGCCGCGGAGAAAGUUAUCCGAAAUCUCCAACUUACUUGUAGGGAUUCGAAUAAUUGA